GAAGGCCAGGCGGAAAGGCGCCUCGGGCACGCCACUCCCCAUCGGUGGGCCAGAGCCGCGUGUCUCCGCACCCAGCGGGGGCUGGAGGAGCAGCGAUUGGAAGGACGGAGGAGGCCACGCGGGCGGCCACGGGGCCAAACAGCCUUCUUCGUGGUCUGGCUGCCGGGCCUGCCCGGACCUGCCAGAGAGGCGAUGCCGGCGCCCUUCGGAACACGGCCCGGUCGGCUCCAGGGUCCGCCGCGACUGGAAGAGAAGCCCUGGCUGAAACCGAAGGGGCGGGGCGGGGGGAUCCCGUCGGGGGGAUUCCGCUUCGCCUCCGAAGGCGCGGGAGGCCUUUCCGCUGCUGGGAGCGCCGCUGCGCCUGGUUUUGAUCCUCGAGGGGGAGAAAGGCAAAGAGCAGCCCUUGGUCAUCCUGGGCUAGACCUCCCCGUUGCUGCUGCUGCACCCACCGCCCCACCCCCCCCCCCGUGGUUCCGGGCAGAUGGAUCCCCACCCCACCCGCAGGGGCAGGAAGUUGGGGGAGUCACUGAGUUUAUUUCCCCACGCACAGGCACUCCCCCACCUAGACUUGAGGGCUGGGGGGGGGGGCUUUUCUCCAACCCACGAAGGGCCUCCGUCCCACUACCUCCCACAGCCUCUGGCAACAGUGCUACGUGUGGCUGGUCUAGGGAAGGCUGCGAGGCAGGCCAGAGCCGGCCAAAUGGGCUCCAGAGCUGCCAGGCCAGACCUGCCGCACUCCCUGACAAACUACCUCUGCCCCACACCAAAAAAAAUAUAUGUUUCAGGGCAGGGGGCUUGCCCCAAAGGCCAGUGGUGCAAGCCAGUACCCCACCACCUCACUUUGCUGACGCAGAGCGGACGGUCCCUCGUGUGCAUAGAUCUACUGUGUUUAUUUUCCUGUUCUGAAGAAAUUCAGCAAUAAAUGAGUAUUCUUUG